UUUUUAUUUUAUUUUUACAAGUUACACUAAUUAUGAUCAUGAAAAGAUCGGCGCCGGCUAAGUCUCAACCGGAGAAUGACGAGGAGGUUUUGAGGGCGGCCGGAAAUCUGGUAUGGAUGAGCCGGAAACCCUUGGGAGUAGAAGAAGCCAUGAACCUGCUCACACUGAUGAAGGGGAAAAAGAAGGUUCUUCCCGGAGACAGGACGGAGAAAAAGAAAAACAAAAACAAAAAACGCCCCCUCCGGGAAGAACUUCCUCCUCCCCCUUCCUUUUCUGUCAAGUUCAUGUGGCCCCCGCCGGCGGGUCACAGCAUUGACGGGACGGUAUUACCGAGGUACCCUCCGAACCUGGAGGGCGUGGUGGACCCCGCGGCAUGCGGGGUCCCCUUCGAGAAGCAGCUCACCCUCUCGGACCUCGACGACUCGCAGCAGAGGCGGCUGUUCAUGGUCAAGAGGCACGUGGAGAGGUGCUUCUUGCCGCUGUUGAUCGACGGGGAAGAGGACGUGGACGAGGGGAUUCCGGUGACGCUGUACAACGCGCAGGGCGCGGAGUACGAGACGGUGUUCAAGCGGUGGGUGAAGAACAAGUACUACGUUCUCAACGGCAGAGGGUGGAACGCCUUCCAGCAGAGGAAUGGGCUGAAAGUCAUUAGCGAUUGGGUCACUGUUUGGAUGUUCCGCCAUAGACGUAAUGGGAAGCUCUGCUUUGCGAUCACAUGGAAGAGGAUGAACACCGAUCGUCUCUUGCAUUAUAGACCCCAUAAACACAGAGGCUAGACUAGAAAAAGAAUGUGACCUAUCUUGUUCUAUCUUUAGUUUAAUUUUUAACUAAUAUGGAGUAUUUGAUGAUUUACCCUAAUCGAGAAUCCAAUCUCCAACCAUAUUUUUGGGUGUAGGGUUUUAGGUGAAAUUGAAGUUAAAAUUAGAGUAAUUCCAAAAUUGGUACUUUAUAACAUGGGAAUUUCUAUAUUUAAUCCUCUAUUAUUAAAUAUUACCCUCGUAG